AUGGACUUUGGCAGACUGGUAAAUCUUGCCGUGGGCCCUCCAGGGGUCAAGUUCAAGCAGUCGAGCAUGCCGUUCGUUCAGAUGGAGAAUAUAUCCCAUUUCCUACACGCCUGCCAGAAGGCUCCUCUCAGCUUACCUCCCCACGAUGUUUUCCUCACGGUUGACCUCUACGAGUCCAAGGACCCAGCCCAGGUUCUACAGUGUCUUGGAGCGUUCAGUCGCAAAGCAUACGCUCUCCAACCAAGCAAGUUCCCGCGUGCCAUCGGGAAAAGCAAGACCGGCGCGUUGAGUCCCCAAAUGAGUGGAUCUAGUCAGGGUGGGCGGUUCGGUUCCCCAUACUCUCGACCCCGAGGCCAGAGCAAUGUCAGUGAUGUAGGACGAGCCAGUCCUACGAUGCCAUCCGGCCGGAGCAGCACUGCUUCACCACCAACAAAGACGAGCGCAUGGAGCAGUAAGGCCGACGAGGCAACCACAGCUCCGGCUUGGAACAUUCACCAGUAUGGCUACAUAGGCGGUGCAAGUCAAGGGAGCCUCGGUGUAACAUUUGGUGCGCGACGGCAGAUCACCACUCCUGGCCCCUCGGUGCCCAGCCUUGGAGAGAAAGAGAAACGUCGGCGAGAGGAAGAAGAACAACAGGCUAAACGAGAGGCGGAGGAAGCGGAGCGCCAGCGAGCAGCCCGGGAAGCCGAAGAAGAACGCGCAAAGGAAGAAGAACAACUACGCUGGGAGGAGGAAGAGAGGAAACUUAGAGAACAAGAACGGCAGAAGGUUGAAGAAGAAAAGAAACGAUGGCAAGAAGAACAGCGUCAGUGGGAGCAGGAAGAGGCUCGCCGACAACAAGAGGAAAAGGAACUGGAAGAGAGAUUGGAAAAGGAGAGGCUUCACAAGCGUGAAGCUGCAGACGCAAGGUUAAACGGACAGUUCUUGAGCCAAUAUCAAACUGCCCAGAAACCCGUACGAGGAAUAGCAUCUCCACUGCUAGAGCAAAAGGCUGCUGCGUCUAGUGAAAGUGAACGUAUCAAGGCACUGGAGCGUGAACUGGAGAGGGCAAAAGAACGAGAGAAACAGUAUGAGCUUGAACGCCAGGAACUUGUUGCACUACGCGGAUCCCCCCAGCCAGAUGCCAGCCCCCGAGUUCGUUCACCAAAUCCAGAUGGGAACAGGCCAACUCCGACUCCCCAGAAACCCAGUUAUGAUCUCGCCUCCCAAGAACAGGAGCGUCGAAUGCUCAGGGGUGAAUGGAAUGCACGCAACAAGGAGCAAAGACCAACAACUCCAACUCCAGCUCCUCCGUCACUACCACCUCGAGAGCUCCCUACUCCUCCCGCAAUGCCACCAAGGGAUACUAAUCCUCCAACUUCGCCCCGCCCUCUUCCAGACCCAACAAACUAUGCCAACAAGAAUCAGCCUCAGAAUCGCACUGAUCGCUUCUUGAAAGAGAACCCAGCUCCCAUUCCUAGAAAGCCAGUUGCUUUCCGACCACCGGAAUUCUCAUCUACAGCUGAAAAGGACGAAGAGGAUAGACGACGCGUUGAAUCUACUCAAAAGACUCGGGCCGGCGGAUGGGCCUCGAAGUCACUGCUUGAAAGGGAGAUGGAACGAGAACGUGAGCGGCAGCGUGAAUGGGAGGAGAAUCAGGCUCAGACGAAAGACGCUGUUAAAAGGGGUGUGAAGACUGCUGGUACUGGGCCUGGUGAGGGAGGAUGGGAUGUACAUCAGUACGGUUACCUAGGAGGAGAUAACCAGAAUAAUGCAGCACCAGGAAUCGGGUUCGGUGCACGACGACAGAUCAUUGGUCCUCGUCCACCACCCUAA